UUCCUUAACCCUUUCAUCCCGCCAAAAUUAUACAGAGGUUGUAAGUAGGGUACACAAUACAGAGCGUCAUUUCAGUUAAUUUAUAUCAUAUUGAUAACAAAUAAUUAUUCCGAUAUGUUUUUAAUUGAAUGUAAGGCAGAUAAUUCUUUAACAUUAGUUGAAGAUCAUGAUGUGAUAUACAAUGAGAACACAAAAGUAAGAGAUGGUGAUCUUGUCGUAUUUUAUGUUGGGAAAAAAACUUUUCAAGGUUAUGUUAGAGAAUACGGAGAUGAUGAAAAAUCAUUAAAAACUAAACAAAAGCAACUCCUUAAAGAGUAUAAAAAAAAUCAGAGCAAACCGAGUAAAGUAGUUACACCUGUGACAUCUCCUGUUAAGACUCGACGAAAAUUAAAAAAAGAAUCUCCUAUAAAAGAGACUAAAGAAAUAGAAAAGGCUAAAAAGAAUAAAAAAAAAGAAGAGAAGGUCACAUUAAAAUUAAGCCAUGUCGAAACUCAAAAAGAGGUCGCUAAUUUAAUAAAGAAAAGUAGAGCCAAUGUUUUGUCUAGCUGUGAGUCAUCAGAUGAAGAAGAACGUAGUCCAACCAAAGAUGAGCUUAAAGCGGAAUUAAAACGCUUUCGUGCUGCUCAUAGAGGCUAUAAUUCAUUACAAUUAGCUAGUAAUGCACAAUCAACCCAGCAAAAUGAAGAUGUAAAAGUAAUUUCAUCAGACGAUGAGAAAAAAACUGAAGAAGUGAAUGAAUUACCCGCAAAAAAAAUGAAAUUAAAUGAGAACAAUGAUGAGAACAAUGAUGGUGAAAAGUCGGUCCCAAGUCAAUUAUUCGGAAAAGAUCAUUUGACACCAAUGACUCAGCUUGGAAACUCCGGAAUUUAUUGUAUUACUAAUAUUUACGACUAUGCAUUGAGUGGCAAGCAAGUGACACAUAUCGCUCGUCGUUUAAUUGAUGGUGUAUUUACUAAGAAAGCUAUCGCUAGUUGUACUUUUACAGGCCAGGCUCCCAGAGCGCAAGGAAAAGAACGGCAAAUAAUUCCUGUUUCAGCACUGGACGAUGCUGCUAAAAACGCUAUUAUAGAUUUCGCUAUUCAGAAAGGAGAAUCAAGGCAGAUCAAAAUUCCAGAUAGGAACGUUAUUGUAGCUCAAAUGUCUCAGAGAUUGGGUGAAAUAAAGCGUGAAAUCUCAUCGAAGGCUGCACCUGCACCACCUUUGCCUGAUCCGGCGAGCCAUGAAUAAUUUUCAUAAUUAUUUGUGUUUACGCGAGAACAAGUUCAUCUUUUAUUAUUUUUAUUAAUAUGUUUUAUGUUUAAGAAUUUUUUUGAUUGGAUACUGACUCAAAGAUUUUGUACUGGACAAAUUUGUUUAUGCGUAAACAAUUUUUUAAUUUUAUUUUCUUUAGUUAUACGUUUUACGUUUCAAAAGUUUGUAGAUUGAGCAGUGACUCAAAAAUCUCGCAGGAGUUAAAUUUGUUGACGUGUAAACAAAUUAAGUUUUUAUUAUUUUCAUUAAUACAAUUUAAGUUUGGGAAUUUUUAAUAUAAAAGUGUGUUUAAAAAUGUUAUCUCAAGCGAGAAUGAGAAUAAAAGACAUAUCUAUUAACAGUAAUCAUCUUUUCUAUUCCAUAAUAGCAUCUGGAUCUUAUACAUAAACAUUUAAAAUUUAUCUAGGAUAUAAUAAUAAAAAAAAUUGCAACUGAAAGAUCUAGGUAGAGAUCUGUUUGAAUCUAUCUGUUCAGAUCUAGUUAUAUCUGGCCAUGUCUUGCCAGAUAAAAACAAUUUAGAAAUCUAACCAGAUCUGGUGAGAUCUAAUAAGAUU